CCGUGGUGGUGCAUACCCGAAGCACAGAUACAUGCCUGCAUUUCAAUUGUGUGUGUGUGUGGCAGCUAGUUGCGUACAGGGUUAGAGGGGGAGCUGUUUGGUGAACCAGGAUCCGACCGCCGCCGCUGCUGCUGCUGCUGCUGCUGCGUCUUCCUCUCACGACACCAGGUGGCCACGUUGCUCUGGUAAAUCCUAGAUAAGAUGUCUCAUCGGAGUGGGCAAGAGGACCCAGAGCGGUACCUGUUUGUGGACCGGGCUGUGGUUUACAACCCAGCCACACAGGCCGACUGGACGGCCAAGAAGCUGGUGUGGGUCCCCUCCGAGCGCCAUGGCUUUGAGGCGGCCAGCAUCCGGGAAGAGCGUGGCGAGGAGGUGUUGGUGGAGCUGGCGGAGAACGGUAAGAAGGUGGUCAUCAACAAGGACGACAUCCAGAAGAUGAACCCGCCCAAGUUCAGCAAGGUGGAGGACAUGGCCGAGCUCACCUGCCUGAACGAGGCGUCCGUGCUGCACAACCUGAAGGACCGCUACUACUCCGGCCUCAUAUAUACAUACUCCGGCCUUUUCUGCGUGGUCAUCAACCCCUACAAGAACCUGCCCAUCUACUCAGAGAACAUCAUAGAGAUGUACAGAGGGAAGAAGAGGCAUGAGAUGCCGCCACACAUUUACGCCAUCUCUGAGUCCGCGUACCGCUGCAUGCUUCAAGAUCGUGAGGACCAAUCAAUCCUUUGCACAGGUGAAUCUGGCGCUGGCAAGACCGAGAACACGAAGAAGGUCAUCCAGUACCUGGCCCACGUUGCCUCCUCACACAAAGGACGCAAAGACCACAACAUUCCUGGUGAGUUGGAACGGCAGCUCCUGCAGGCCAACCCCAUCCUUGAAUCUUUUGGCAACGCCAAGACGGUGAAGAACGACAACUCGUCUCGCUUUGGGAAGUUUAUCAGAAUCAACUUUGAUGUCACCGGCUACAUCGUUGGGGCCAAUAUUGAAACCUAUCUUCUGGAGAAGUCGAGGGCCAUCAGACAGGCCAAAGACGAGAGGACCUUUCACAUUUUCUACCGCCUGCUGGCAGGAGCUGGAGAGCAUCUUCGAACGGACCUGCUCCUCGAAGGCUUUAACAACUACCGUUUCCUAUCAAAUGGGAACAUUCCCAUCCCGGGCCAGCAGGACAAGGAGAACUUCCAGGAGACGAUGGAGGCCAUGCACAUCAUGAGCUUCUCCCACGAUGAGAUCGUCUGCAUGUUGAAGGUGGUGUCUGCGGUGCUGCAGUUCGGCAACAUCGUCUUUAAAAAGGAGAGGAACACCGACCAAGCCUCCAUGCCCGAGAACACAGCGGCGCAGAAGCUCUGCCACCUGCUCGGAAUGAAUGUUAUGGAGUUCACGAGAGCCAUCCUCACCCCGAGGAUCAAAGUGGGCCGCGACUACGUGCAGAAGGCCCAGACCAAAGAACAGGCCGACUUUGCUGUUGAAGCGCUGGCCAAGGCGACGUACGAGCGGCUGUUCCGCUGGCUGGUCCACCGCAUCAACAAGGCCCUGGACCGGACCAAGCGACAGGGGGCGUCUUUCAUUGGCAUCCUGGACAUCGCCGGCUUUGAGAUCUUUGAGCUGAACUCCUUUGAGCAGCUAUGCAUCAACUACACCAACGAGAAGCUGCAGCAGCUCUUCAACCACACCAUGUUCAUCCUGGAGCAGGAGGAGUACCAGAGGGAGGGCAUCGAGUGGAGCUUCAUCGACUUCGGCCUCGACCUGCAGCCCUGCAUCGACCUCAUCGAGAGGCCGACUAAUCCUCCUGGUAUCCUGGCUCUGCUGGACGAGGAGUGCUGGUUUCCCAAGGCCACUGACAAGACAUUUGUAGACAAAGUGCUGCAGGAGCAGGGAACACACACCAAGUUUCAGAAGCCACGUCAGCUAAAGGACAAAGCUGACUUCUGCAUCAUCCACUACGCUGGCAGGGUCGACUACAAAGCCGACGAGUGGCUCAUGAAGAACAUGGAUCCUCUGAACGACAACGUGGCCACGCUGCUGCACCAGUCCACCGACAAGUUUGUGGCUGAGCUCUGGAAAGACGUUGACCGGAUCGUGGGUCUGGACCAGGUUGCGGGCAUGAAUGAGACGGCGUUUGGUGCCGCCUACAAGACCAAGAAGGGCAUGUUCCGCACCGUGGGGCAGCUGUACAAGGAGCAGCUGUCCAAACUGAUGGCCACGCUGAGGAACACCAACCCCAACUUCGUCCGCUGCAUCAUCCCCAACCACGAGAAAAGGGCUGGGAAGCUGGACCCCCACCUGGUUCUGGACCAGCUGAGGUGUAACGGUGUGCUGGAGGGGAUCCGUAUCUGCAGACAGGGAUUCCCCAACCGCAUCGUCUUCCAGGAGUUCAGAUCAAGGUAUGAGAUCCUCACUCCAAACGCCAUUCCCAAAGGUUUCAUGGAUGGCAAGCAGGCCUGUGAGAGAAUGAUUCAAGCACUGGAGCUGGACGGAAAUCUCUUCCGUAUCGGCCAGAGCAAGAUCUUCUUCAGGGCUGGAGUCCUGGCUCACCUAGAAGAAGAGCGGGACCUGAAGAUCACCGACAUCAUCAUUUACUUCCAGGCCGUCUGUCGAGGAUAUCUGGCACGCAAGGCCUUUGCUAAAAAGCAGCAGCAGCUCAGCGCGUUAAAGGUUCUUCAGAGAAACUGUGCCGCCUACUUGAAGCUGCGUCACUGGCAGUGGUGGAGACUCUUCACUAAGGUGAAGCCACUGCUGCAGGUGACCAGGCAGGAGGAGGAGAUGCAGGCUAAAGACGAGGAGCUGGUCAAAGUGAAGGAGAAGCAGAUGAAGGUGGAGGGAGAGCUGGUGGAGAUGGAGAGGAAGCAUCAGCAGUUAAUGGAAGAGAAGAACAUCCUGGCGGAGCAGCUGCAGGCGGAGACGGAGCUGUUUGCGGAGGCCGAAGAGAUGAGAGCUCGCCUGGCCUCCAAAAAGCAAGAGCUGGAGGAGAUCCUGCACGACCUGGAGUCCAGACUGGAAGAAGAAGAAGAGAGGACCCAAGGAAUGCAGACCGAGAAGAAAAAGAUGCAGUCCCACAUCCAGGAUCUGGAAGAACAGCUGGAUGAAGAAGAGGCUGCCAGGCAGAAGCUGCAGCUGGAGAAGGUGACAGCUGAAGCUAAGAUGAAGAAGUUUGAAGAGGACAUUUUGCUGCUAGAGGACCAGAACUCUAAGUUUCAAAAGGAAAAGAAGCUGUUUGAGGACAGGAUCAACGAGAUGACUUCGACGCUAGCCGAAGAGGAAGAGAAGGCGAAGAACCUGGGAAAGGUCAAGAAUAAGCAGGAGAUGAUGAUGGUCGACCUGGAGGAGAGACUGAAGAAAGAGGAGAAGACCCGCCAGGAGCUGGAGAAGGCCAAGAGGAAGCUGGAUGGGGAGACUUCCGACUUCCAGGACCAGAUAGGCGAGCUGCAGUCCCAGAUAGAAGAGCUUAAAGGUCAGCUGGGCAAGAAGGAAGAGGAGCAGCAGAUGAUGCAGACGAGGGGCGAAGAAGAGGUCAGCCACAAGAACAACGCUCUGAAGCAGGUCAGGGAGCUGCAGGCCCAGCUGUCUGAGCUGCAGGAGGACCUCGAUUCAGAGAAACUGGCCAGGAACAAGGCUGAGAAACUCAAGAGGGACUUGAGCGAAGAGCUUGAAGCCCUCAAGACUGAACUGGAGGACACGCUCGACACGACCGCAGCCCAGCAGGAGCUCAGGACCAAGCGUGAGCAGGAGGUCGCAGAGCUGAAGAAAUGCAUCGAGGAGGAGACUAAAAACCACGAGGGUCAGAUCCAGGAGAUGCGUCAGAGGCACGCUACCGCCUUGGAGGAGCUGUCGGAGCAGCUCGAGCAGGCCAAGAGGUUCAAGGCUAACCUGGAAAAGACCAAGCAGAGUCAGGAGACCGCAAACAAGGAGCUGGCCAGCGAGGUGAAGAGUCUGCAGCAGGCGAAGACGGAGUCCGAGCACAAGAGGAAGAAGCUGGAGUCUCAGCUGCAGGAGCUCAUGGCCAGAGUCACCGAGGGAGAGAGGUCCAAGGGGGAACUGGCUGACCGCUCACACAAGCUGCAGACUGAGUUGGACAACGUCUCCACCAUGCUGGAAGACGCAGAGAGGAAGGGGAUCAAGAUGACCAAAGACGUCGCUGGACUCGAGAGUCAGCUGCAGGACACACAGGAGCUGCUCCAGGAAGAGACUCGUCAAAAACUAAACCUCAGCAGUCGUAUUCGUCAGCUGGAGGAGGAGAAGAACGCUCUGCAGGAGCAGCAGGAGGAGGACGAGGAGGCGCGCAAGAAUCUGGAGAAGCAGCUGUUGACCCUGCAGAGUCAGCUGUCAGAGAGCAAGAAGAAGCUCGAGGACGAUGUUGGAACAAUAGAAGGCCUGGAAGAGACGAAGAAGAAGCUGCAGAAGGACAUGGAGCUGACCGGCCAGCGUCUGGAGGAGAAGACCAUCGCCUUUGAGAAGAUGGAGAAGACAAAGACCCGCCUGCAGCAGGAGCUGGAUGAUCUCACCGUGGACUUGGAUCACCAGAGACAGAUCGUCUCCAACCUGGAGAAGAAGCAGAAGAAGUUUGACCAGAUGCUGGCUGAGGAGAAGAGCAUCUCGGCCCGUUACGCCGAGGAGCGCGACCGGGCUGAAGCCGAGGCCAGAGAGAAGGAGACCAAAGCUCUGUCCAUGACCAGAGCUCUGGACGAGGCGCUGGAGGCCAAAGAGGAGCUGGAGAGGGUCAACAAGCAGCUCCGUGCUGAAAUGGAGGAUCUGAUGAGCUCCAAGGACGACGUGGGCAAGAACGUCCACGAGCUGGAGAAGUCCAAACGCACCCUGGAGCAGCAGCUGGAGGAGAUGAAGACUCAGCUGGAGGAGCUGGAGGACGAGCUGCAGGCCACAGAGGACGCCAAGCUGCGUCUGGAGGUCAACAUGCAGGCCAUGAAGGCUCAGUACGAGAGAGACCUGCAGGGCCGCGACGACCAGAACGAUGAGAAGAAGAGAGCGCUGGUCAAGCAGGUGCGAGAGAUGGAGGCAGAGCUGGAGGACGAGAGGAAGCAGAGAGGUUUGGCUGUCGCUGCUAAAAAGAAGCUGGAGAUGGACUUAAAGGACAUCGAGAGCCACAUAGAAGGAGCCAACAAAGCUCGAGACGAAGCCAUCAAGCAGCUGCGCAAGUUACAGGCCCAAAUGAAAGACUAUCAGAGGGAGCUGGAAGAUGCCCGAGCCUCCAGAGAUGAUAUUUUUGCCAUUUCUAAGGAAAAUGAGAAGAAACUCAAGAGUCUGGAAGCUGAGAUUGUGCAGCUGCACGAGGACCUGGCAGCAUCUGAGAGAGGUCGGCGCCAUGCGGAGCAGGAACGGGAUGAGCUGCAGGAUGAAAUCUCAAACAGCACCUCUGGAAAGUCUGCUCUGAUGGAUGAGAAGAGGAGGCUGGAGGCUCGUAUCGCCCAGCUGGAGGAGGAGCUGGAGGAGGAGCAGGGCAACAUGGAGCUGCUCAACGACCGCUUCAGAAAGACCACCAUGCAGCUGGACACCAUGACUACAGAGUUGAGUGCGGAGCGCAGCACAGCCCAGAAAAGCGAAAACUCUCGUCAGCAGCUGGAGCGUCAAAACAAGGAGCUCCGGGCCAAGCUGGGCGAGCUGGAGGGUUCUGUGAAGAGCCGGUUCAAGGCCUCCAUCACCGCCCUGGAGGCCAAGAUAGCGCAGCUGGAGGAGCAGCUGGAGCAGGAGGCCAAGGAGCGAGGAGCAGCCAACAAGAUCGUGAGGAGGACCGAGAAGAAGCUGAAAGAGGUCUGCAUGCAGGUGGAGGAUGAGCGUCGCCACGCCGACCAGUUCAAAGAGCAAGUGGAAAAAGCCAACUCUCGCAUGAAGCAGCUGAAGCGGCAGCUGGAGGAGGCUGAAGAGGAGGCGACGAGGGCCAACGCGUCUCGCAGGAAACUCCAGAGGGAGCUGGACGACGCCACCGAAGCCAGCGAGGGUCUCAGCCGGGAGGUUCACACACUCAAGAAUCGCCUCAGGUAG